AUGUCAUCAUCGUCGUCUGAGCUUCUACCACCCUUGGAAACGAUAACACCCGAUAACAGAGGCCCCGCGCUCACAAUUGUGGCCUUCAUCUUUCUAUUUGUAACUCUAAUAGUUGUUGUUGUUAAAUAUGGAUCCACAUUGUACUCAAAGACAGUAUCUUUCAGCACAGAUGUGCCUCUUUGGAUUGCUCUGGUUAUUGCUUUCAUCCAAAGCCUUCUUACUCAAUUUGCGGUUGACAAUGGCCUUGGAAGACACGCCCAUUCACUUUCCGCCGAUGAAUUUUCUAAGUAUAACAAGUUCACUUAUGCCGCCCAACUACUCGUGAUUCUGGUCCUGUCACACUCGAAAGUGUCAACAUGUCGAUUGAUUUACAGAAUCACACCGGGUCAGCAUAUCAGACAAGCCAGUAUGAUUGUCGUGAUAAUUGUCGGAUUAUGGACCGUCUUUGCACUUUUCGCCACAGCCCUUCAGUGUCGACCACCAUGGGAGUAUCUGCCUAGUCAAUGUGCCGCAGAGGGAGCUGUUGCAUAUCCGAUCAUAGUUAUCAACAUCUUUACAAAUCUGGCAUUGGUGUUUAUUCCGUUGAUCAUGCUUUGGAAUGUGCAAAUGGCAUUCCAAAAGCGUCUCCAAAUCAUCGCUUCGUUCUGCGUACGGCUUGUUGUGGCGGCAGUCAGUAUCAUCGAACUAGUAUACCUGCCGACAUACUUGCACUCAAUCGAUCCAACAUGGACUAUCGUGAAUGUAGAUAUCUGCAAUGAGCUCACAAUGUAUCUCAGCAUCAUUGCGGCCUGCAUGCCGUCCAUCUAUCGCAUCCUCAGCAGUCUAAAAUCCGGUUUAAACGACAUUCAUAUGCCUGAUAUCGAGCUCAGCACUAUCCACGGAGCUACAGGUUCAAAAGCUAAGUCCCGGGACCAGGCUGGGUCCAGCUCCCGCGCGAGAAGGCAUUCAACUAUGUUCCCGGGCUUCCGAGCCACUGAUCUUUUCUCCAGGGAUGAUAAUAUGACGCAAAAUGGGCUGUAUACGAUGCAAACUAAUGGGUUUCGCAGGGAUAGGGAUGGUGCAGAAAGCACAGAAAGCACCCAGUGGCUGACAGAAGAAAAUCAGCCACCGAUCAGCGGAGUCAGGAAGACGGUGGAAGUAUGUGUAGAAGUCCACGAUAAUCACUCAUGAACUUUUCGCACGGUCGUGGGGUGUGUAUAACCCAUAAGGAAGAAACAAAAAUGGCAACAUACAGCAGUAAGUAAUC